AUGGACUCAUGCAAGUCGGCAACUACACCUUGGGUUGAUGGCACGGUACUCAAGAAGUGUGAGACGCAGUGUAAAGAUAUUGACGCGAUGCGAUACCAAAGUUUAGUCGGAGGGUUGAUGUACCUAGCAGUAAUAUCUAGGCCAGAUAUCGCCCAUGUUGUAUCUAAAUUAUCACAAUUUAAUAAUCAUCCACAUGAAGAACAUUUUAAAGCUGCGAAGCACGUGUUACGAUAUUUGAAGCAGAGUUCAGCAGCGAAAAUUACUUAUUCAUCUACAGGCGAAAAUUUGGUGUGCUACACAGAUUCCGACUGGGCUGGUGACGUAUCUGAUCGCAAAUCAUACAGCGGUUACGUAGUAUUCAUGUCUGAUGGUCUGGUUUCUUGGGAAUCAAAAAAGCAGUCUAUCGUUGCCCUCAGUACAAUGGAGGCAGAAUGUAUAGCUCUAUGUCAAGGCGCAAAAGAUGUUGUUUUUCUUCGAGCGUUGUUGCGUGAAAUGGGGUAUGACGGAUACGUAAAUGAACCUACGAACAUGCAUUGCGAUAAUCAAAGUGCACAAUUUUUGCUGAAGAACCCGAUGGUGCACAAGCGCAGUAAACACAUAGAUUUAAGAUUUCAUUACGUCCGUGAGUUGUUUGAAAAGGGCGAAAUCGAGGUACAUUUUGUAAAUUCUGAUGCAAAUGCAGCUGAUAUAAUGACUAAAUUUUUAAAGAAAUUGAAACAUAAAAUGGAUGUAAAUUGCUAA